ACAGGCUGUAUUGUCACGGGAGACUCCAAACUGUCUGCGCCUGUCAUCGCCAUCGCCAUGGGAAGAAGGCUCCCGUGUGUCUACUUGCUUGUCUUCGUCAUUUUCCAAGAGGCACCUGGCUUCAAGAUCCAGAACAAGCUGCUUGGAAAAUGUCUGCAGGUGCAGGAAGGAACUUCAGGGAGAAGAGUAUCUCUAGGUGAUUGCAGCCCACAUUUGGCCUUACAGGAAUGGCGUUGGCACCCAGAGAGCCAUGCUCUCAGAAAUCACCACACCAGGGAGUGUCUGACGGCACCAGGAGAGCAGUACGAAGGUGUCCACAUGCAGCCCUGCCUCCCUCAGGCUGAAAGUGAGGAGACUGGUGCCGGAGUGGCAGCGGUGGAUGUGGGCAGUGAGGCAAGUGGCCAAGCAUGGUCCUGUUCCAAGAAAGGUCACCUCACUUUAACAGGGAGGGGUCUGCACCUGAGUGCUACACAAGAAUCCACUUUGGUCUUCCUUUCCAGGGAACAUAAGCAGCCUGGCAGCAGGUGGCGGGCUCUUGACAACCAGACACUGUGCAAUGGGAGAGACAACAAACAUCACCAACACCAACCCCACCACAAUCUGGGGAAGAUGUUGGAGCCUGGAGUUUUUCCAGGUGCUGUCGCCGAUAUACACAGACAGGCUGAACCAUUUGAAGGUAUAAUGGCCGCUGAGGUUACAGAAACAUAUCAUGGAAUGGAUGCUCCUCUUUCAUCCCUGAGCACCAAAUCCCCUGCAGAUCCCACCAUGAUUUUCUUCAGUAUGGACUAUGGGAUGGGCUGGAAGAUAACCAUGUUGGUACUGAGCUCUUUGGCUCUGGUCCUGGGGACUGUGAUUCUUAUUCUCAAUGUUUACGCCAAUAGAAGAAAGAAGGUGGUGUGUGUUCUGAAGUCAUACACUCCGAAGCCGGAGGUGAGUGUUCCCGGGUCCCCGGUGCCCAGUGAAAGAGCCCCACUGACAGAGCAAGCCAUGCGCCUCCCACACUCCUCCCCGACUUUACAGCGAGGAGCAAUCCUGAUUGAGUGGAAGGAUGGCACUGUUACCCCGCUGUAUGAGGCCUGAAGGUUGUGCUGUUGAAAUAUGUUUGGACACGGGUGUGUUUGUGCGAGAACACAUGGUUUGUUGUGCAAAGUUAUGUAUGUUAUCUUCUGCAUAUGUCUGAAAGGCUGUUGGUGCCAAAAUUCUACUAAGCAAGCUGUUGUUGUACUUUAGACUGUUUCAUAAAAGGAAAAGUUCAUGGAUCAGUAUGAGUCCUCAAAAAACACUGAGAUCUGAUAUUUGGUGUUUGACCUUUGACGUUUGAGAUGUGAGGGAUUGCUUGUUGGAUGAAAGGAUUGUAAAAUUAAUGUUUCAGCAUUCACCAUUGCAUUGUUUGUAGGCUUACUAUAAGUACAGUUCAAAGAUUCUACAGAGUAAGCAAUAGCUUAGGCUUCUAGUUGGAUAAACACUUAAACUAAUCUUUGUUUGCUUAGGCAUAAACUGUUUGAAGAUGUGACCCUCUUGUUCCAGUUUGAUUUCGGACACUGGUUUGCUGUGGAGUCGGCCCAGGUGUCCCUUUACAAAUUUGCUUGAUUUUAAAGAGUUCAAAAGGUCUGCAGGCAAUUUUUGACACAGUGUUGCCAAACAACAUAUCAAGACACACCUUGGUUACUGAGACUCACACCCUUAAUAUUAGGAUUAACAGUAGGGCUGUGCCGAAUAGGUGAGGCUUUGAAGUUUUCUUCAUAACAUUGACAUUCAAAUUCUAAACCAAUAAGCUGCGUGGCGUUUUUCUAUUCUUUUAUUUUUGCAUGCUAUUCAUUCUGUUUAAACCAGGUAUUUCUGUACAGAAAUAAAGAUAAAGAUUAGAGUGUGCAAGAUUGUUUCAUGUGGGCCAAACAUUUUCAGUAACUCCAGAAUGUUGUAAUGACCUUUGGUACAGUCCUGGUUAAUAGGCUAUUUUAGGAAAAUAUGAUUACACUUGUGUUGCAACUUUGUUGUGUUGAGUUGCAAAAAAGACUGAUGGAGGUUGUUUUCAUAACAUAAUUCAGUAUUAUUUAGCUCGUACUAAAUAAUAACUACAUAGAAUAGUUAAGAUUUCAGGAGAAAAUCUUAACCUAGUUGACACAGGUUAUGUCAGUAGUCUGACACAGUAUAAUACAGUACUGUAAUGCACUUUGCAUUGAUACUGACACUACAUCAACAUUAAUGAAUUUAAAUUGUUAAUAUUGAGAGUGCUUGUAACAUUGAAGUGUGUGGUGCCACCUACCACAAAAUGUCAAGUAAAUUAUAUUGUUACACCUGUUUCCCUUAUUGAGCAGAGAAAUGCUACUGUACACCUUCUGAAUUUAAUUUUCUCUCUCUCCCUUGGCUCAAUCGCCCUGUAAAACACACGUCAUUCAAACUCAACAGAAACAAAAGAAACCUCACCAAAACUGCCUUAAUUAGUCUUGCUAGUCAUCUAUUUAGUUAGUCUACUGUUCCAGUGAUCACCAACUUUAGUUUGGUGGAAAUAAACCCAUAAUUCACUGAGUUAGGUGUAAAAACAUGCUUUUUCCCCCCAUGGUCUCUCUCUGCUAUUGCGGCUAUUCACAGUCCCAUAAUGUUAUCCCCACCACUUGCAGCUGCCAUGUCUGUCAGCGCGGCUGCCUGUUCUACCAGAAGAGACUGACCUCUGGUGGUGCGUGCUGUGCACUACAUGCACCGAGUUUAAUGGAAAGCAGGGUGUCUGUGUUUUGGAUGGUACUGAACAACAUGCUGUCGGGAUCUCUAAAUAACCUGGUACACCAUAGUACCUUAAUACCGCCCAAACCUAUGUUGCCACUUUCACAUUUGGGACCUCCAUCCUUAAAAGUUCAAAGUGAAGAUUGUUUUCUAUAGUUAAAAGGAAAUGAGCCAGCUUUUGAGUGGAGAUUAUUUUGUCUAUGACUGACUUGUUGUAUUUGUAUGUGGCAACCUGUUAGACCACUAAUUUGCACUAAAUGGUGUUAGUUUUUUUAACUAAAAAGAAGUAUUUUUAUACUGUGAA